AUGACGAGCGGCGGAGGAAAGGCCCGCGAAGCCCCUGCAGGCGCCGGCGGGGCGGCCGCCAUCCUCCUGCGCUACCUCCGCGAGCAGAACCGGCCGCACAGCGCGCAGGACGCCUUCGGGAACCUCCAGCGGGAGCACGGCCUGGGCAAGACGGCUGUAGUGAAGGCUUUGGAGCAGCUGACUCAGCAGGGGAAAAUCAAAGAGAAAGUUUACGGGAAGCAGAAAAUCUACUUUCCAGACCAGGAUCACUUUCCCAGCGCAAGCGACUCAGAGCUCAAGGCCCUGGACAAUGAGAUUUCAGAUCUGUCUGGCAAAGUGCAAACCCUCCAGCAGAACUGCUGUCUUAUGGAGUCAGAACUGAAAGAACUGAAGGGCUCUAUGACAACCCCAGAGAUGGUGAAAGAGAUUGAAGAGUUAAAAAAAGAUUGCGCCAAUUAUACAGAGAAACUGGAGCGGAUUAAAUCUGCUGCCAAUCAUGUGACCCCUGAGGAGAAAGAAAAGGUGUAUAAUGAGAAGAAACUGUAUUGCAGAGAAUGGCGACGCCGGAAGAGAAUGGCAACAGAGCUACUUGAUGCAAUCUUGGAAGGCUAUCCUAAAAGCAAGAAGCAGUUCUUUGAGGAAGUUGGCAUUGAGACUGAUGAAGAUUUCCAUGUUACUUUACCUCCCAUCUGAAUUAAGGGCUCUUCUGGUACACGAAACAGCAGCCACCUAUUUAGCAUUCAUCUUCCAUCUCUGUAAAUUUUUUUUAAUCCUUUGCAUGCAGAAGGGGGGGGGGAAGCAGCCCCUACGAAACUCCCUACUAAUUCCAGUUGUCCUCCCCAAGCGUCUGGGGCUGAUUGUCAUUUUAUUCUUCAAGCUGUUUGUUCCACUAUGUUGGAUUGUUGGUAAGGACUGGAGAAAAUGGUGGUGGUAAAUAAAUAUUUAAAUUGCUCUGA